GGGGUCUUGCCUUACCUUGGUGGGUCUUCUUGCCUGGGUUUGUCUCCCACUUGUUGCCAGAGAGGAGGAGAGAAAGGAGGAGGAGGAGGCGUUCAGGCAGCAAAGGCACCCUUUCGUGGAGGGAAGCCCAGCCCUCCUCGCUCUCUCUCCUUCGGGGCUGAGCCUCCAUCCCGCCCCCUCCCCAAAGGACAGACCCUCCCCAGGGACCGAGGAAGGAAGGAGGAAGGAAACAAGGAAGGAAGGCAGGCGAGCAAGCAGAAGGAGCAGCAGGCGCCGGAUCAUGGUGGAGAACACCCGCCUCGUCGCCGCCAAAGCCGCCCUGGCUGCAGCGGCCGCCUUUUCCUCUUCCUCCUGCUCCUCCUCUUCCUCCUCGGGGGUCUCCAGCUGCCCCAUGACGGCGGGGGCCCUGCGCCUGGAGGCGGUGAUGGAGAACCUGCAGCGGGCGCAGGCGGCCAGGCUGAAGGAGGAGGCCGAGGAGAAGCGCCGCCGGGCCCAGGCCACACGCAGCUACGCCGCCUCGGUCGCCGCCCAGCCCGCCAACUCCAACGCCCACCAUCCCCAGCCCCGGCAGACCCACGCCCUGCCGCCUUUGAUGCCCCUGCAGACCUGUGGAAGGGGCCCCGUGGCUGGCUCAGGCGGAGGGAUGGGGCGGGUCGGAGGGACGCCCGGGCCCCUGAGAGCCCCUCUGCAGAGCAUGCCCAGCCAAGUCCCGGGACAGCACUGCCGAGCUCUAGAAGAAGAGGAGGAGGAGGAGGAGGAGGAGGAAGAAGAGAGGAAGGAGGAAGAGGAGGAGGAAGAAGAGGAGGAGGAGGAAGGUGAAGAGGGUCCCAAGGCAGAGGCUGAAGAAGAGCAGGCCAACCUCAACUGCAACGCCACCACCGAGGCCUCCGGUCCCCUGGCAAUCCGCCCCGUCCCAGAGCCACCGCCACCUCAGCCCCACGAAUGGACCUACGAGGAGCAGUUCAAGCAGCUUUAUGAACUAGACGGCAAUCCCAAGCGCAAGGAAUUCCUGGACGAUCUGUUUGGUUUUAUGCAGAAGAGAG